AUGCGACUGGCCCCGAACAGAACACCAUUCUUUCCUGUCUCUUCGAUACUUUCCUUUGUUCCCGACUUCGCCUCGGACCUCAGUUCAAGAGUUCCUGUGAGAUUGUGUGGUUUAUGCUGGCGCGGCCUGCCCUUCACUGAUCAUGAGUCAAGAAAACCGAUGAGAGGGGAGGAUUGCACAGAUUAA